AUGGACGAGUUAAUUGUAGGCACGUACGAAGGCUUUGUACUAGGAUAUUCUAUACGCACUGAAGAUGCGGUAAUGAAAUUGAAACAAACGUUUGCUACUCAUUCACAUACAGCAUCAGUCAGAUGUAUGUCUAUAGGAGGUAAAUUCCUUGCAUCGGGUGGCACCGAUGAUAAAGUGGUGGUCAUCGACAUGAAAACUCGUAAAGAGCACACAGUCCUUAUGAACCACGAUGGAACGAUAAAUACCGUCGCUUUCACCAACGGCGGUACACAUCUACUAACUGGUAGUGAUGACGGUUCAAUCAUUGUUACCAGAACAGGCAACUGGCAAAUAGAAAAAAUAUGGAAGAAAGCACAUGGAGGUCAGCCAGUCACAGCUAUUGCUGUACAUCCAUCAGACAAGCUUGCACUCAGUGUAGGUGGUGACAAAACUCUCAGAACAUGGAAUUUGAUCAAAGGUCGUCCAGCCUUUACAAUCAACCUCGCUAGUAAAGGUGUAUUAUUACCCACAGAAAUCAAGUUCUCUCCUGGAGGAGAUAGGUUUUCAUUAGUUUCUCAACAGUCUGUUGAUGUAUGGACAAUUAGUAAAGCUGGUGUUGAAAAGCGAAUAACUUGUACCUCAAAACCAACAUCUGUGCAGUGGUUGACUGAUGAGAGGAUAUAUGUUGGAUUAGAAAAUGGCAAUGUAAUUACUCUGACUGUGUCUGAUACACAAGCUCUUACUUAUAAGGCACACAAACAGAGAGUAAAGUCACUGCAUUAUGAAAAUGAAAUGUUAUAUUCAGCUUCUAGUUCAGGAGAACUGAAGGUCUGGUCUGUUGAUGAUUCUAAGUUAGAUGAACUCUGUUCCUGCAAUGCUUCCUGUAGGGUAACUUGUGUCACACUAAAUAGGCAAAGCCAUCUUAUCAAAAAGGAAGACAAGUCUGAUGAAGAAGAAACAGAAGAGAAAGUAGCCAGUGAGGAAAAUGAUGAUUCUGACGAAGCUGAGGAAGUCAGUCCUCCACCCUCUAAGAGAAAACCUGGGGCAUUUGUCACCAUUAGCUAUGGUGAUGAUGACAAAGGCGACAAUGAUGAAGAUACAGAAGUUAAACCACCACCAGCAAAGAAAUUCAAGAAAAGAAAACGCAACAAAAAGUCUAAAAAAGCUGUUAAACCCGCUGAUUAA